AUGUUACAUAUCAGAGAUUUUCAUCGUUCCGACCGUCUCAAUCUUAUCCCACGGAUUUGCUGGUUUCUCACAAAGCGGAAGCCCCAAAUUGGUAGAUGGAAAACACGACGAGUUGGGAGCAAAAACUAAAUGCAGUGACCCACAUCCUAACCAACCCAACAACCACACCGCCGCUCCACUCCCAGCUAUUCAUAGCCACCCAAAUCCCCUGCUACAUCAACUGGGACUACCCGCCACUUCUCUGCCGCCAAUCCUCCGCCGCCAUGAGAUGGGUCUUCUCCCGGUUUCUUAGAAGGGCUUCAAGAUUUGGGCUUCCGGAAACGUCUUGGCGGUCCAAAUGCCCCUACCUAUUGCCUCCGCCGCUGGUCUUGGCCCAGGGAGUGGAGGAAGCCCAGUGGACCGAAGAGGAAAAGAGAAAAUACACGCGGAGAAGACUGAGAAGGAAGAGGCUGGGCAGCGACGUCCAUCCCUUGAUUCCCAUUAUUCUCCCUAAUCUCUUGUUGUUUUCCCUCUUGUUUUGGGAUCCGAUUCAACUGGACGACACCUGAAUUCUUGACAUCGGUGCUACUAUUCAAACGGCGAAUUGGAUUAGAUGUAUGUGUAUUUAUCUUAGUUGAUGUUGGGAGAUUAGGGUUGCGUCUUCAACUUUUCUUUGGAUGGGCUUAAUUUCUUGAGUUGUAUUGUGCAAUGCCAUCGUUUAUCUGCAGUGAAUGAAUUUCAGUUCUUUCUGAUUGUGGGAAAGACUGAUUUUUCUGGAAAAAACAGGGCGAGUGGUCACCAAAAAAGAUUAUGCAACGGCCUGCUUUUUUCUUGUGGAAGUUUUCAA